AUGCCGGUCUCCUUGGCGCAAAUUGACGAGAAGGUUGAAGAAAACAACACUGCGUGGAAUGGCAACGCUCAGCGGAUCACGCCUGGCCGUGCCUUGGGAUCAGAGCCUGAUGAGCUAGAUAGAGAACCAUGUCCUACACUGAACGACAAAUUCGCCUUCUCACAUACGCAGCUGGACGAACUCGUCAACGAGAAGAGCCUAACUGCAUAUCGAGCAUCGGGUGGCCUUGCUGGCCUUGAGAGAGGGCUGCGAACAGAUCGUCGGUCCGGCUUGAGCGUAGACGAAACUAUACUCGAUGGCGGUGCGGUAUCGACACCAGCUGGACGAGUUGGAAGGCCGUUAGACGAAUCUUUCGCAGACAGAAAAUGUGCCUUUGGGGACAAUACCAUACCUCGGAAAAGGUCCUUGAGCAUUCUUCGGUUGAUGUGGAUGGCCUACAACGACCCAGUACUAUUCCUCUUGACAGCGGCCGCAAUAGUCUCGCUGGCUAUCGGACUAUACCAGACUUUCGGAACCGUCGCCUCCGCGACUAACCCACGUGUAGAGUGGGUCGAGGGAGUAGCCAUUAUAAUAGCAAUCAUUAUUAUCGUACUUGUGGGGGCUGCCAACGACUGGGAGCGACAGCGACAAUUUGCAAAGCUGGACAAGAAGAAGCAGGACCGAGAUGUGAAAGUCAUCCGAUCAGGAAAGUCUCAAAUGAUAUCUACCUUCAACGUCCUUGUUGGCGAUGUCGUUCAUCUUGAGCCAGGAGAUGUGAUUCCUGCCGACGGAAUAUUCAUCGAUGGAUAUAACGUCAAGUGUGACGAGUCUUCAGCGACGGGAGAGUCCAGGCUUAUUCGCAAGCAUCCCGGAGAGGAGGUUUUCCGAAAUACCGGAAAACAAGGACAGGAAGAUGUCCUUGAGAUGGACCCCUUUAUAAUAUCGGGAGCGAAGGUUGCUGAAGGAGUUGGGACCUUUCUAGUUACUGCGACAGGUGUGAACUCUAGCUAUGGCAGGAUCUUAAUGUCUUUGCACGAUGGUCCUAGUUUUACCCCGCUACAAGAGAAGCUCAACAAUGUGGCCAAAUUCAUCUCUAAGUCAGGUGCAGUAGCAGCACUAGUCCUCUUUGCCGUUCUUUUUAUUAAAUUUUUGGUACAACUUCCACAUCGGACCGAUACAACACCUGCAGAGAAAGGCCAAAACUUCUUGAAUAUUCUCAUCAUUUCUCUUACGGUCCUUGUUAUUGCUGUUCCUGAAGGUCUACCUUUGGCAGUAACUCUUGCUCUGGCCUUUGCAUCUAACAAAAUGCUGAAAGAUUAUAAUCUGGUGCGCCAAUUGAAAGCUUGUGAAACUAUGGGCAAUGCUACAAGUAUAUGCUCCGACAAGACCGGUACAUUGACACAAAACAAGAUGACCGUUGUCUCCGGGACUUUUGGGACCAAUUUGCAGUUUGAUGAAAGUUCCAAAGCCUCACUGAGUGAGUCGGGUCCGGACAGUUCAUCGUCGCAGGAGAAGAGCGUUCACCCCGCUACUGUUGCAUUACCUACGAGGAGAAGUGUUGGAAGCCUCGCAGAUAAUGUGAAAGAGGUACUCAAGCAGUCAAUUAUCCUAAACACCACUGCGUUCGAAGGCGAGGUGGAUGGCCGGCAAACCUUCAUUGGAUCACAAACAGAGACCGCCCUGCUUGCUUUCGCUCGAACCUACCUAGGAGUGGAGGCCCUUACCGUCGAACGCUCAAAUACAAAGACUAUCGAGGUCAUCCCCUUUGAUGCCACUAAUAAAUCAAUGGGGGUUGUCGUCGCACUGGAGUCGGGCUAUAGGCUCUAUGUUAAGGGCGCAUCAGAGAUCAUAUUGCGCAAGUGCACACGAGUGAUCCGGGAUCCUAGCCACGACUUCUCGAGUAUCGGAAUGAGCGCAACCAGCACAGAAUAUCUGAGCCAAAUUAUCACCGAUUACGCUUCCCGCUCAUUGCGAACCAUUGGCUUAGCGUAUCGGGAUUUCGAUCAAUGGCCUCCUUCGUCUGUCAAACAACUCCAGAUUGCAGAAGGCGGUGCAACUGAAGCCAACGCUAUUUUCGAGGACCUUGUCUUGUUCGGCAUUGUAGGCAUUCAGGACCCUUUACGUGAAGGCGCUCGCGACGCGGUGCGAGAUUGUCAAAAGGCAGGCGUCAUCGUACGCAUGGUAACCGGCGAUAAUAUCUUCACAGCAAAAGCCAUUGCUGAACAGUGCGGUAUUAUUGAUACCUCUGCUGGUGACACUGCAAUGGAAGGCGCAGAGUUCCGGCGUUUGCGAACGACUGAGAUGGAUGAAGUCAUCCCUCGUCUUAGAGUUCUGGCACGAUCCAGUCCGCAAGACAAACGGACACUCGUCACGCGGCUCAAGGAGCUGGGUGAAGUAGUUGCUGUGACCGGUGACGGGACAAAUGAUGCUUUGGCUUUGAAGGCUGCCGAUGUGAGCUUUUCUAUGGGUAUUUCAGGUACCGAAGUAGCAAGAGAGGCCUCUUCUAUUGUUUUAAUGGAUGACAAUUUUGCCUCGAUCGUAAAGUCGAUCAUGUGGGGAAGAGCAGUUAAUGAUGCCGUCAAGCAAUUUCUACAGUUUCAAAUCACAGUCACUAUUACCUCUGUGAUACUCACCGCCGUCUCUGCAAUAGCUAAUUCGGAAGAACAAUCGGUACUCACCGCCGUUCAGCUUAUGUGGAUCAACCUCUUUCAAGAUACUAUGGCAGCUUUAGCGCUUGCCACAGAUGCUCCAACACAGAGCGUCCUCGAUCGGAAGCCGGAUCCCAAAACAGCCCCUCUUAUUAAUACCGCAAUGUGGAAGAUGAUCUUCGGUCAAUCGGCGUAUCAACUCGCCAUCACCUUAAUUCUCUACUUCGGAGGGGCAAAAAUAUUAUCCUAUCAAACACCUCAUGAAACAGCUCAACUACAGACAAUAAUAUUUAAUACCUACGUCUGGAUGCAGAUUUUCAAUAUGUAUAAUAAUCGUCGGCUGAACAACAAAUUCAACAUCUUUGCGGGGUUGGGGCGCAACUGGUUCUUUAUUGCUAUUAGCCUGAUUAUGAUCGGAACUCAGAUCUUGAUUGUCUUUAUUGGCGGAAGGGCAUUUUCUAUAACAAGGCUUAAUGGGGCGCAAUGGGGUGUAUCGGUCACAGGUUGUUCUCUAGAAGGAUCUGGGGGCUUAGGGACAUCCGGUCUGCAUUUGCGUGCUGCGGUAGGCGGCGAGUAG